AUGAGCGGAAUCAACGAGCACUACAUCCGUGCACUAGUUCAUCAGAAGGAAGGGUGGCCGACCCGCUCCGGCCACAACCUUGCGAGCUUGAAUUCAGUCGGUAUAUUCCUGUUGAAGCCACAGCUCUCCUUUCUACUAUCGAUAGAGCUUGCACAAGCAUAUUGUUCCAUUUAUAAUCGUAAGUGGUUUGUAACUCAUAGUAAUGUGUCAUAUCAAUACUACCUUCAUAGCAUCAAAACACGACCUUGUACUGCACACAUUGGUUUUUUCUCGAAUAACCGUCUUGGUAUUGCCGACCACAGCUCAGUCUUCACUUUCGCGCCGGGAAGCAGCAUAAGGCUAUUCGACCACGCAUCAGUCCAUAUUGCGGCCUGCGGCUUGCUGUUUCUUGCCACGUUGUUCCAGGAUUUGACACCCCCAUCGACAGAGAGUUGUUUGAGUGUACUAAGGUUGUUUGGAGAAUUUAUCGACUUUGAGCGCGAUAACGUAAUUGAUCGAUUUAGGGUUGAUGGUCAAGAGUUUUCUGCUAGUAUGCCAGCAUCAAGCAACUUCCAACUAAUAAACAAGUUUGAGAAGUGCUUCCGUUUAGCCCUCACGAUAUUUUCUAAACACGUUCCUGAGGGAAUUGCGCUGUACACGAGGCAUUGGCGAGGCUAUCAUAGUAUGAAGAUCUUCAUAUAUAAGUAUUCCAGCACUGGCUGCGAGGCCCUCGAUGAUAUUGCGCAUUGUUGCUGCGCCAGCACGUUCAUCAUAUUCUUAAAUGUCGCCAAAUUACAAAGAAGACAGGCUGAUCUUCAUACUCUAGCGGCUGUAGCUAUUUUGAAAGGCUAA